UCUCGUUGCCAUGACAACAACAUUUGUCCACAAUGGACAAUGCUGACCUAGAGAAGCUCAAGGUCGCUCCAGGGCGACUGGUACCAAAGUUCCACGCCAAAGUAACAGAAUACACUGUGACUGUAGCCAGCAACGUAGAGGAGAUAAAACUCACCACUCUUACUAGCGAUGGCGGCGCCUCAUGCAUGAUAAAGGGUGACGCCACUAGUAAGACAGUUAAACUAGUAGAAGGUACUACGGCUAACAUAGAAGUAGUUGUAACGGCUGAAGAUGGUCAGACCACUAAAACCUAUUCCAUAUCCAUUAAAAGAUUAUCAUCUAGUGAUGCCUGUCUCUCUGUCCUAGAAGUCUCUGCUGGAAAGCUUCAGCCAUCUUUCUCUCCUUCAGUCCUCACUUAUUACUGUGAUCUUCCUUCAAACCUCACUACUCUCUCCUUGCGCACAAAGACAGAGGAUCCGGGCAUGAAAACCAGUCUUGUAGGUGGGGCUCCACUAUCCUCCAUUACCCUCUCUCCAGGCCUAACAGUUAUCGAAGUAUCUGUUACAUCACCCAGCGGUGCUACAAAUACUGUUUAUACAAUUAAUGCCAUCAGAUUACAGUGCCCUUAUGUCAUUAACUUAAUCGAGCCAUCUCCUAAAUAUACCUGCACAGUAUGUGCAUCUAUUCUUCACUGUCCAUGCAAUGUUAAUGGAUCUGAUGCCCCUUAUUGUCAAAAGUGUCUGCUUGAGCUGUCUCGUAUUAAUAAAGCUAAUCCUCUCACUGGUAGUGCCCUGGGUGAAGGCUGGUUGGUGAUUAAUAAAUCUCUUGAUGCAGAGCUGGCAGGUCAAAAAGCAACUUGCCUUACUCCUUGUGGAAAAGCUGAGGGAUUGGUUGGUGAGAUAGCAUCACUGGUAGCCCAGCAAAAGAAAGGAGAGGAAUCAAGUGAUUCUUGUGCUGAUUGUGGUAAGAAGGUACCAACUGGACUGCUUGAUGUUCACAAAGGUUUGAGCUGUUCUUCAAAAAUAUCAGAGACUCUUUCCAAAGUUGAAGUUAACAUUUCUGGCUGGCAAAAGAGAUAUAUCAAUGUCUCGUUGCCCAAUGAUUUUGAAAUACUUCUGAAAAAGGCUACUGAGCUUGAAUCACAGUACCAAACAGCACUAGCUCAGUCAAGUUCUGCUGAUAUACUCGAGCUGUUGUCCAGUAUUGCUUCUUGCUAUGCUACUGCAAUUAAUGUUAAACCAAAAAGUACAAAGGGACACAUUGGACUUGGACUGGUAAUGGAAGAAUUAUUUUAUACAGAAGAUCUUUAUGGACACAAAGCAGUAACUGCUGAAGAUGAUAGUGAAAGUGAUGCUGAACGGACAUCAAAAGAAGAAGAGUUUCUUGCUAUUUGUGAGUUGCAUGGAGUAGGAGCCUCAGCCAGUCUGGCACUCCAGUUGAAAGCAGUUGAAGCUGAAUACAUCUCACUGAAAGAAGCAGGACAGACCCAUCGCUCUGAGCAUGUACAAUCUUUGUAUCAGUGGAAAUCAAAGAAAGCUUUACAAGCCAGUAAAGGUUCGUACUCUGUUGAUUCUGAGAGUCCAUUGUUCAGAGCUAAAGUAAAAUUUGAACAUGCUGUAAGUGUUGAUCCUACUGACCACAUCUCUUGCUAUCACUUGGGACGUCUCUCUCUUCUACUCGGUGAAACAGAAACAGCAAUAAAAUGUCUCAAAGCUGCUUCUUCAAUAAAACCAACACACACAGAAACCAUUCUAUGUUUGGGACUUGCUCUGUCAUCUUCCUCAGCUUCAAAUGCUAAAGUCUUAUUGUCUCAUGGCCUAACAAGCUAUCUGCAGCAAAGAGAGAAUGAAGCUACAGGGGUAACCAAUGAUUCACAGGCAUUUCUUCAUGGCAGUAACUUUUGGAGACCAUCAAAUACUUUGAUAGGUGAGAGUCUUUUAACAUUAGCUAAUCUAGGUGGCCAGGGUUUUCUGAGCUCUUCAUCUUGUUUAGUCCUUGCUAGUCAGUUAUUCUCAGCCACUCCUGGUCUGCAGAAAGGAUCAACUAUCAAACAGUUAUUAUGGAUCAUGCUUAGAGGACGUGCUGCCCUACUGGAGAAAUCACUGAAAGAGAAAUCAUCUCAAGCCAGUACGCUGUGCCAACAGUUGUCAGCUUUAAUAUCUCAUUGUCAGUUGGCACCCAAUGAACAACUGAGAGAGUUACAAAUGAAAGUUUUUGAGAAUGGAGUUGUUCUUCAGCCCAGUAAUACAAUGGCUCUUUGUCAUCUUGGGAAUGGACAGCUACAGCAAUUUGAGGCAACGAGUGCUAAUGAUUGGCUAAAAUUAGCAGAGAAGACAUUCAGAGCUGCUCUAGCCUGUGAGGGCAAAGAUGCCAAUAGCAAAGAUCCUCCAUCACAGAUAACAGAACAGAACUGGUGGAAGAAGAGAACCACACCAGCUCAACCAGCAGCAACAGGAGGAGGAGGAGGGGGAGGAGGAGCAGCAGCAGCUAGUAAAGGAGGGGUACAGCAGUCCAAAAGCUCAACUGGUACUAAAGCAACUCCAGCAGCUACUAAACCUCAAGCAGUUAAACCAGGAGCAUCAAAACCAGUCCCUGCUCCAGCUAAAGGACGUCAACCAGUCAAGCCAGCUGGUGCUCCUGUUGCUGGUAGAGGAAGAGGGACUGCACCUUCUGCUGCUAAGACUACUGGCCCUGGGGCUCCUGCAGGGAGAGGUAAAACUGUUGCUACACUGGGGGACCUUAAGAGUGGACAGAAACAACCACAGAAGGCAACUGCUCCCACUGCUAGUGCAGGUGCUAGUAAGCAGCCUACUGAUAAACCAACUAGCAGUGAAGCUAAACCUACAGAAACAGUAGCUGAGAACCAACCAAGCAAACCAGCUAUACUGAAUGAAGUGACAUACAUACCUAGACUAGGGCUGGCACGGUCUCUAGCAAAGCAGGACUGCCCCAAAGAGGAAUGUGUCUCUUUAUACGAAGAGGUCAUCAAAAUGGCUGGUCACAUUCAUGAUGCGUACAUUGAGCUAGGUGACUUGCUGUCCAAAGCAGAGCCUAUCAAAGCUGUUGAUGUAUACAACAAAUUCCCAUUCUCUGAUCCGCCAUCUUUUGAUGAUGCAUACUUGCACGGAGAAAUAGUACGCAUCCUAAUGAAAGGAACCUUGUAUGAUGACCCUAGACUGGCCAGUAGUAUGAUAGCAAUGGGACGGGCACUAGGCAUUGGUGUAUUGGAUAGACAUGUGAGCACACUGGAGGCAAAGUUUAAGACAGCAAUGCUAAAGCAAGUCUAUGCUGGAGUGCAUGGGAAGUCAGUAGAUGAUCCUGAUCUACAAGCAUUCUUUAAAUUCAAAUGCUGGACAUAAAAAACAUAGUAGUACCUAAAUAUAGUUUAAAUCCCUUAAGCUGAUUGUUACAUAUAUUAGUCCUAUUUUUACAUUUUUAACAUAAUUUUUGCUGCACAAAAAAAA